AUGCCUCGCCAACUUAUUAUGAAGCAAAAGAAGCCCAAAGGUGGUCAGGUCUGGUACCCGCUUCAGCUCAACCUCGUCCCAAAACCCACGCCCGGGCCCAAUGAGCUCGUUGUGAAGAUCGAGGCCGCGGCGUUGAACCACCGCGAGAUCUUCCAACGUCAGAAUCUAUACCCAAAGGUUUCAUUUCGUGCUCCUAUGAUGUCUGACGGCUGUGGGACCGUUAUUGAGGAAGGUCCGGGCUGCCAGACGGGUCUUCUCAACAAACGUGUCAUUAUGACAGUCUGUCGGGGAUGGAAGACUAGUCAAGAAGGCCCGGAAGAUUGGGAAAACUUCGACACGGUCGGCGGAACAGAGCCUCACUACCACCUGGGCAUGGCGCAAGACUACUUGCUCGUCCACGAAGACGAGGUUGAGCCCGCCCCCGAACAUCUCACCUCCAUCGAGGCCGCGGCUCUCCCAGGUUGUGGAAUUACUGCGUGGCGCGCCCUGAUGACCAAGUCCGGUAACGCCCUGCCCGGCCGCAAUAUCCUCAUCACGGGGAUUGGUGGUGGUGCGGCGUUACAGACGAUGCAGAUGGCGCUCGCAAUCGGCUGUAACGUCUAUGUGACCUCGGGUUCAGAGGAGAAGCUCGAGAAAGCGAAAGCACUGGGUGCCAAGGCUUUGAGCAAGCUCCUUCCCGCAGACCGCCCCUAUAUCGACGCUGUCAUUGAUAGCGCCGGUGGAGAUAUCGUGAUUAAGUCAGUGAACAUCCUCAAGCCUGGAGGCAUUAUCACGAUGUAUGGCAUGACUCUCGCCCCGAUUUUGGACUGGCCCAUGCAAGCUAUCUUCAAGAACAUCGAGUUGCGGGGAAGCACUUUGGGAUCCCGGACCGAGUUUCACGACAUGGUCAAUUUCAUCAAAGAGAAAAAGAUCACGCCCAUCAUCAGCCGAACUGUACAAGGACUAGACUGCGUGGACGCUAUUGAUGGAUUAAUGGACGAUAUGAAGACUGGCGUGCAUUUUGGAAAGCUCGUUGUGGAAAUAUAA